AAUUGUUUCAAAAAUCUUUGACGUUUCAAAAUAAUCCCUUGUUUAUCGACCUUAAAUCACUAUAUGCUUGUUUAUAAUCAUCAAAAUAACAUUUAAUGUGUUAAAGUCUUACGAAAAUCUUCUAUAAAACCUAUAAUGAACAAGAAGAAGCAGCGGAAACGGGAUGAAAGCUCCUCCUCAGAAGACAGCUCAUCUUCUAGCUCCAGUUCUAGUUCCUCCUCAAACUCAUCGGAAGACGAAAAAAGGCAAUCAAAGAAAAAGUCGAACACCAAAAACGUUAAAAUAGUAAAAGAAGCUUCUAAUGAAAUCAUAAAGAAGCAAAUAAAACGUUCGAGGAGCUCAUCACAAAGUGGGGUUAGAUCAAAAGCCGAACACUCAAAGUGGGACAGUCCUGAUGAAAAAUCAAGAAAGGAGACUAACAAGAUUGAAAGACCGCCAUUAAAACAUUCCAAGCACUCGGAAUCAAAUUACGAACAACAAAAUUAUGAUAAUAACCGAGAUAGAUAUAAAUCAGAAAAUAGGUAUCCAAAACGACCAUCAAGGGAACGACAAUAUGGGGAACCAUCUAAUCCAUGGAAUUCAAAACGUAGAGAUGGCGAAGAAAGGGAAUUUAGACAUCAAGGGAAUCGACAUGAAGCGCCAAGAAAUCGCAGAAAUGAUUAUAGAGAUCAAAAGGAAAGAGAUUAUAGGAGGAAUGAUUAUGAAUCCAGGAGAAAUGAUUAUGAUACAAGAAGAAAUGACUAUGAUUCAAAAAGAAAUGAGUAUGAUUCAAGAAGAAAUGAUUAUGACUCAAAAAGAAAUGAUUAUGACUCAAAACGAAAUGAUUAUGAUUCAAAAAGGAAUGAUUAUGGCUCAAAAAGAAAUGAUUAUGAUCAAAAAAGAAAUGAUUAUGAUCAAAAAAGGAUUGAUUAUGAUUUAAAAAGAAAUGAUUAUGAUUCAAGACGAAAUGAUUAUGAAUCAAGAAGAAAUCAUUAUGAUUCGAGGAAAAAUGAUUUUAACAGGCGAAGACGUCGAAGUAGAAGUGAUGAUUUUAAUCACAAAGAUGCAAAAUGGGGAAAAGACGGCGACGAUGAAAAACCCUCAACAAAACCGGAUCAAAAAGAAAAAGAAAAACCGAAUUUUGCACUCUCUGGAAAGUUAACAGAGGAAACAAAUACUUAUAGAGGGGUGGUAAUUAAGUAUAGUGAACCCCCGGAAGCUCGAAAACCAAAAAGGCGUUGGAGAUUGUAUCCGUUUAAAGGGGAUAAAGCACUUCAAACUCUUUAUAUUCAUAGGGAAAGUGCUUAUUUAAUUGGGCGUGAGCGUAAAGUGGUCGAUUUAGCUAUUGAUCAUCCAUCAUGUUCAAAACAACACGCUGUAUUACAAUAUCGUUUGGUUCCAUUUACCAGGGAUGAUGGUUCAACAGGGAAAAAAGUCAGGCCGUAUUUAAUUGAUUUGGAGUCCGCAAAUGGGACUUUGAUUAAUAAUAAAAAAAUUGAGCCUAAGAGAUAUGUGGAGUUGCUUGAGAAGGAUGUAAUUAAAUUUGGAUUUAGUUCAAGGGAAUACGUUUUAUUACAUGAAAAUAGUAAGGAUGAAGGCGAUGACGACGAUGUUAAAGACGAGGAGGUUGUCGAAAAUGUUAAAAAGGAAAAAGAGUAAUUUUUUUAGGUUGUAAAUUAAAUCUAAGAAUAAAAU